GGGAGUUCUGUCCACCCCCGAACAUACGGACACACUGCGCCUUGAGCGCGAAGAAAGACAAAGGAACUGACGACCUGACUCUCUGCAGGCUCCCCUGUCGGCGGCACGGGCGCGGGGGCAGGGCUCGUGCCAGACUUCGGGGCAUCGCCGUCGCCGCGCCGCCACCGCAGGGCGCGGUGCUCCCGCCGCCAUGCCCGCGCGGCGCGCCCGCCAGGGCAGGCCCAACAGCAAAAGGAAACGCGACGAAGCAGAAGAAGGAGGAAGAAGGAGAAAGGAGGAGGAGCAGGAGAUGAAGGAGGAGGAGGGAGGGUGGGAGGAGGAAGGAGGGAGGAGGGACGAGAGAGCAGUAGGAGGAAGGAAUAGAGGGGCGGCCGCGCCACUCGAGCGGACGGGACGCAGACAGCUGCGGGGCGCGCGGGGGCAGGCGCGGCGGGAAUCCGAAAGCGCGUCCUCCUU